GGACUCAGGUGGCUAAGCUGGACAUUUAAAAUUGUUUGGAGUCAAUACUUUGAUUCCAGCCAUGGGUUUGUCAGCAUCUACUCCUGCUGUUGCAGUUCAGACCCCAAAAGCUUCAGAUCAUUAGACAGCAUCACCACCUUCAGGAUGCCCAAUGCAUGAAAGGAAAAGUCAAGGCUGUCCAGUAAGUGAGGAACCAUCUAGUCCAACUAGUGACAGCAAAACUUACUCUGUGCCUGCCCACCAGGAUCGAGCGUACGACUAUGUGGAGUGCCCCUUUACCCAUGCCAGGGCCGAUAAGGAGAACCUGGAUCCUUCAAAUCUGAUGCCACCACCUAAUCAAACACCAGCCCCAGAUCAGCCGUUUGCUUUGUCUACGGAUAGAGAAGAAUCAUCCGUUCCAAGAGCAGACUCUGAGAAAAAGUGGGUCUGCCCUUCAGAACAGAUGUUCUGGAAUGCAAUGUUGAGGAAAGGGUGGAAGUGGAAGGAUGAGGAUAUUAGUCAGAAAGAUAUGUAUAAUAUCAUAAAGAUUCACAAUCAGAAUAACGAGCAGGCCUGGAAGGAGAUUUUGAAGUGGGAAGCCCUUCAUGCUGCGGAGUGUCCUUGUGGUCCCUCAUUGAUCCGAUUCGGAGGGAAAGCAAAGUAGUAUUCACCAAGGGCCAGAAUUCGUUCCUGGAUGGGGUAUGAGUUGCCUUUUGACAGGCAUGAUUGGAUCAUCAACCGCUGUGGGUCGGAAGUUAGAUACCUGAUCGAUUACUACGAUGGUGGCGAAGUGAACGAGAACUACCAGUUCACCAUCCUGGAUGUGCGCCCCGCCUUGGAUUCGCUUUCUGCUGUGUGGGACAGAAUGAAGGUUGCUUGGUGGCGCUGGACGUCAUAACCAAUGUUUUGUUUGUGAUGGAAAAA